AUGGAAGCCGAACUUCAGGCGCAGAUUCCUGGUCUAGACCGUGUGAUCUCAGAAUACUCGGUGGGCUAUCUUACCCACGCCUCAAACCUCUAUGUCGAAGAUGCCAAUGGUCCUUCGCCCCUGUCUGAGGCAGCCGAAAAUGUGACCGAGCUGCUGGUCUCUGCCUCCGGAGACUUCACCUCUCAGAACCGCGAUGCAAUUGCUAAUCUGGUCGAAAAAUUCAUAACAUCGCUGAGCUCAUCGAAUGGAAUCGAUCCAGAGAGGAUGCAAAUGCCAUUCAAGGCCAGGAAGCUUGACCAGGCCAUCAAUGUCGGUGCGCAACGGAACAUGUCUUCUACUCUGGGCUUGACUGGAAACGCCGUGGACCUGGAGUCCGCGAACGCCAGAAAGGUGGAGUCGCGCGUGGACAAGAAGAAGCUUGAAAAGGCGGAGCGCAAGAUUCGUGCCAAGCAGGAGAAGAAGCAGAUGAAGACAGUUACUUACGAGGCCUCUCGCCUGCUCAACCAGCCAGAUGAGACAAUGAGCUACGAGGAGUUCUUCAUGGCGGUCAACCCUCUGCAGUUGGGAUCCGACGCCCAGUCCAAGAGCAAGGAUAUUAAACUGGACAACAUCGAUAUCACUAUCGGAGGUCAGCGUAUCCUGACAGAUGCUGCGUUGACCCUCGCUUAUGGUCGUCGCUAUGGUCUUGUGGGUCAGAACGGUAUCGGUAAAAGUACCUUGUUGCGGGCUCUUAGUCGCAGAGAAGUUGCCGUACCGCACCACAUUUCGAUUCUUCAUGUCGAGCAGGAGAUCACGGGUGAUGAUACUCCAGCGCUUCAAGCAGUCUUGGAUGCAGAUGUGUGGCGAAAGCAUCUUCUCGGGGAACAAGAUAAAAUCUCAAAACAGUUGGCUGCUAUCGAAGAAGAACGGUCUUCGCUGGCCGAUACCUCCAAGGAUGCUGCUAGACUUGACCAUGAGCGGGAGGGAUUGGAUAUUACCUUGAGCGAUAUCUAUUCCAAGCUCUCCGAAAUGGAAUCGGACAAGGCUGAAUCUCGUGCUGCAAGUAUUUUGGCUGGUCUCGGUUUCUCCCAAGAGAGACAGCAAUAUGCAACCAAGACCUUCUCUGGAGGAUGGAGAAUGCGUCUUGCAUUGGCUCGGGCUCUAUUCUGCGAGCCUGAUCUCCUUCUUCUUGACGAACCGUCUAACAUGUUGGACGUUCCAUCCAUCACAUUCUUGGCAAAUUACCUCCAGGGUUAUCCCAGUACUGUUCUUGUGGUCUCUCACGACCGUGCAUUCUUGAACGAAGUGGCUACCGAUAUCGUCCAUCAACACUCCGAGAGGCUGGACUACUAUAAGGGAGCUAACUUUGAAUCAUUCUAUGCCACCAAGGAAGAGCGGAGAAAAAUGGCCAAGCGCGAGUACGAGAAACAGAUGGCGGAGAGAGCCCAUCUGCAAGCCUUCAUUGAUAAGUUCCGAUACAAUGCGGCCAAGUCUUCGGAAGCCCAAUCGAGAAUCAAGAAGCUUGAGCGUAUGCCGGUACUCGAAGCUCCGGAAAGCGAAUAUGUUGUACACUUCCAGUUCCCUGAAGUCGAGAAGCUUUCGCCUCCUAUCGUGCAAAUGACGGAGGUCUCAUUUGGCUACACCCCGGACAAACCUCUUCUCAGGGAUGUUGACUUGGAUGUUCAGCUCGACUCGCGUAUUGGUAUUGUUGGACCCAAUGGUGCCGGUAAAACAACGGUGUUGAAGCUUCUCACCAACCAACUGCAGCCGACGAAGGGUCUAAUCUCGGCCCAUUCGAGACUGCGCAUUGGAUUCUUCGCUCAACACCACGUAGAUGCUCUGGAUAUGACCACCAGUGCUGUGAGUUUCAUGGCCAAGACCUAUCCUGGCAAGAGCGACGAAGAGUACCGCAGACACUUGGGCGCCUUCGGCAUUACUGGUACGACUGGUCUCCAGAAAAUGGAGUUCUUGUCUGGAGGUCAAAAGUCCCGUGUGGCAUUUGCAUGCCUGUCACUGACUAACCCUCACAUCUUGGUCCUCGACGAACCUUCUAAUCACUUGGAUAUUGAGGGUAUGGACGCUCUAUCCGAAGCUUUGCAAAGAUUUGAGGGAGGUGUGGUAAUGGUUUCUCACGAUGUGACGAUGCUGCAAAAUGUCUGCACCAGUCUCUGGGUUUGCGACAAGGGAACGGUGCACAAGUUUGACGGGGAUGUUAAGGCUUACAAGAAGAUGAUUAGCGCGCAAGCUGACGCAGCGGGCGUUGUGGCGAAGCAUUAA